CGGGGCUUCUCGCUCCGGCCAACAUCUAGAGGAAAAGUGGAAUUCCAUUUCCGUUUUAGGGAGUGGACCGUAUUUUUUUUUUUACUUUAAAUUUUUAAAUCCAGGUCAAGUUCUAAAGUUUGUAUUGGACACCGUCGGAUCGAAUUGUUGCUCCGACAAUGGCUUCCUCUCCUCAGAAGUCUCCGUCCUCUCCUAAAUCCCCGACAACGCCUAAAUCGCCUUCUUCGAGAAAGAAAGACGACUCUUUCCUUGGAAAACUUGGUGGGACUCUGGCGAGGAGGAAGAAAGCGAAAGAAGUCUCUGAGCUUCAGGAAGAGGGGAUUAAUGCCAUCAACCUUCCUCUCAGCCCAUCCCACUAUGAACUUGACCCUGAGGACACCAUGCUAGAGGAGAAUGAGGUGCGUACCAUGGUGGAUCCAAACUCCAAGAAUGACCGCAAGCUCCAGGAACUUAUGAAGGUGUUGAUCGACUGGAUUAAUGACGUUCUUGUUGGGGAGCGAAUCAUUGUGAAGGAUCUUGCUGAAGAUCUCUAUGAUGGACAGGUCCUGCAGAAACUAUUUGAAAAGCUGGAAGGUGAGAAGCUUAAUGUGGCGGAGGUGACACAGUCAGAGAUCGCACAGAAGCAGAAGCUGCAGACUGUUUUAGAACGGAUCAACGACUCACUCAAACUAUCCACGAGGAACAUUCGUUGGAAUGUUGACUCUGUUCAUGCAAAGAGUAUAGUCGCCAUCCUGCACCUGCUGGUCGCACUGUCACAACAUUUCAGAGCACCAAUCAGAUUGCCUGACCAUGUUUCUAUUCAAGUAGUUGUGGUCCAGAAAAGAGAGGGCAUCCUCCAAUCUAGACAAAUUCAAGAAGAAAUUACUGGCAACACAGAGGCUUUUUCUGGAAGGCAUGAACGUGAUGCUUUUGACACACUGUUCGACCACGCUCCAGAUAAACUCAAUGUUGUGAAAAAGACACUGAUCACAUUUGUGAAUAAACACCUGAACAAGCUCAACUUGGAGGUGUCUGAAUUAGAAACGCAGUUUGCAGAUGGUGUUUAUCUGGUUUUGCUGAUGGGUCUGUUAGAAGGGUACUUUGUACCCCUGUACAACUUCUUCCUCACACCUGAAAAUUUUGACCAGAAGAGCAUUCCAUAAAAAGUUCUUCAUCACUGCUGUAUCUCCUCCAGAUCCCACUUUCAGCGUGUAUGAUUGUCUGUACAGGAAGCCAUUUUCUUUACUUCGGUUGUCUUGGUGUGACAUCACACGGCAGCAGGUUUAACAGAGCCUUGGUUUGAAACAGACAUGGGAGGCAUUCAGAUUACAAAGGAAAUCUGCACUUUGGCGCUAAUUUAUUUCAUUUCUGUUGUGUUUAAGAAUUUUUAAAAUGCUUUUGUAAUGAAAAAUUUGCUACAUUUGUGUGAUAUGUAAAUAACAUAUAGGUCCUCUGGAUUAGACCUUAAAGAUUCAUUUUGUCUUGACAUCUGUUGCUAAUUGUUUGUUAAAAGUAGUGCGAUCAAAAAAAAUCCCAUUUUGAAUUAAUCGCAGUAAUGUUAUUGCUGUUUUCACUACAGUACUGUAUUUAGUGAAAAUUAAAUUAAAUGUCGCUAUUGCAUUUGUUGCUGUUAAUAUUAUCACUGUGCAUUGUCUAAGGUUGAUAUUUGUGAAUUUAUUCCAGAAAAAAUGACCAUGGCUUAUGUUUGAAACAGUGGGUUUUCAAUCCUGUUCUUUGUAUUUUCAUGUGAUUUUGUAAAUUCAAUUAUGAGUUGAAAUUACUCAGUGUUGUUUCUUUGUCCGCCGAGAGCUGAAAUGACCUUCCGUGAGUUAUUGCUGUCACAGUUAAAUCUUUUAGCCGUUGAAACUAAGUUUAUCAGCGAUGUGCAGUGAAGUAACUGCAGUGCACUGACCUAUUUAAAAAUCUGCGAUGCACUGAAUCUACAAUAAGUGUGUGUGUUUCUUUCGGCUUGUCCCUUUCGGGUUCGCCACAGCGUGUCAUCUCAGAUGUGAACCGUGAUAUUCCAAGGGGUUACUGUACUAUAUGCACGACUGAAAUGUUGACACACUAAACUGAAAUGCUCUCCCACGCCCAGGCUCCUAAAACACUCACUACUGAGCUCUUCCACCCCUACACUCACUAUUAAAAUACUCUCUCACGUACACGUUUUUUUUUCCUCAUACACUGUACGUUACUAAAAUUCGGAUACCCUACUGAAAAAUACACACACACACUCACAAAUGUAUAUAUCAGUACAGUACAUUAUAGGACUAUUUUAGUAUGAUGUGUGAAAUAAUUUCCGUUGUAUAUGUGACAAGAUUCGAGUUGUGUGUGGAAGACCAAUUUUCCUGUGUACAUACGAGCAUUUCAGUGCUCAAAAGAGAGGAUUUCAGUAGUAUGAAUGAGAGAGGGAGAGGAAUCAUAUCUCAGUUUGUGUCUGAAGGGGAAAACAAUUUUGGUGCUAUGUAUGAAAGGGUUUUAGCUACAGUAUGUUUGUAAUCUGUAUAUGAUGUAUAUCAUCUACUAUCUUGUGUCCCCGAUAGCACCUCAUACAGUUCCAUAACCAUUAUGAGAGUUUACAUUUUAAAACUAGAAAAUAACAAAAAUGUACUAGAUUAAGAAAUUAAUUUGUUUCUUCAGAACAAUGAGGAUAAAUAAUAAUUUUAGGUUAGACAUGUCGUGUUUGCAAACAAGUGCAGCAAUUCACUUGAUCCACUAGACAAUCUGUAUUUUGGGAUUUCGCCACAAACCCCCCAGCCCCCACCCCCUUUGCACGGACCAGAGAAGUGUUUGAUUGUCAUUUACUGUAGUUGCAUGUGGGCAAAGUGUUGAGUGAAUAGCUUGUGUAAUGUCAACACGCAUUUU